AGCAAGGCUCCUCUUUCUGCAGAGGAGCGCAAAGCUCUCCUUCAAGCAGCUCUGGACGCCAGGGCCUUGGCGUAUUGUCCUUACUCUAACUUCCGCGUAGGCGCCUCCCUCCUCCUCGGCGACGGCCGAAUAAUCAAAGGCGGUAAUGUGGAGAAUGCAAGCUACCCAGCGGGAAUCUGCGCCGAGCGUUCUGCCCUCCUUACAGCUCAGGCUUCCUGCUUUCCCCCCACAGCGGCGACUAGUUCUGCAAAGAGUCCACUGCAGGGUCAGAUCAGGGCAAUAGCCGUUUCCUCUGACUUGCCCUCGAGCCCUUGCUCCCCUUGCGGGGUUUGUAGGCAGUUCAUUCGGGAAUUCUGUGAAUUGGAUAUGCCCAUCUAUAUGGUUUGGGGGGAGUGGAGGGAGGAGUGCGAAAGCGACGAUGAGGUGGAGGGGUCAAAGACCAAAGGCAGGAUAGUGAGGACACUGGAAGAACUGCUGCCAUUGAGCUUCGGGCCUGAGGAGUUGGCCAGGCCGAGAGAUGCA